CCAGACACCGGACCCUCCCACUGGUUUCCACGAAAAGCUUUUGUUUAGCAGAACCCUGCCCCAACCAGCCCAGCCAGAAUCAGAGCGAGAGACAUCAGACGCAGGUGAUCAUGAGCGGAGAUCCGAUGGUGAAUCCAGUGUGUUUGGUGGAGAAUGUGGGGAGCUCAUUCUGUGUGAGUGACGGUGCCAUUCGGUACCUGGAGCAGAUCAGCCAGCCGGUGAUGGUGGUCUCUGUGGUGGGUCUGUACCGCACCGGCAAGUCUUACCUCAUGAACCGCCUGGCAGGUAAACGAACAGGUUUUGCUCUGGGCAGCACCAUCGAGUCCGAGACUAAGGGUAUCUGGAUGUGGUGUGUACCACACCCCAAUAAACCAGAUCACACUCUGGUGCUGCUGGACACUGAGGGACUGGGGGACGUGAAGAAGGGAGAUUCUAAGAACGACACCUGGAUCUUCUGCCUGGCGGUUCUUCUCAGCAGCACUCUGGUCUACAACAGCCGAGGAACCAUCGACAACAUUGCACUGGAACAACUGCACUUCGUCACUCAGCUGGCAGAGCACAUUAAAGUCAAGUCACCCACUCCAGCAGAAGGUGUUGAAAAUAAGGAGGAGGAGGAGGAGGAAGACUCUCAGUUUGUGAAGUUUUUCCCAAACUUCAUCUGGGCGGUGCGAGACUUUAGUCUGGAGCUGACGACGAGGGAAAAGGGACCAAUCAAGGAGGAUGAGUACCUGGAUAACGCUCUUCAGCUGAAGAAAGGAAUCAGCCAGAAGAUAAGUGAUUACAAUGUUCCGCGGCAGUGCAUCCGAAGCUACUUCCCAUCGCGGAAGUGCUUUGUGUUCCCGAUGCCGGCCACCCCAGAAAGCAUGUCUAAGCUAGAGAACCUGGGCGAGGCUAACCUUCACCCCGGGUUUCUGGAGGUCUCCCAGCGCUUCUGUGAUCAUGUUUUUACUGAAAGCAGAGUAAAAACGCUUAAAGGAGGACACCGAGUCACGGGAAGGAUGUUCAGUCAUCUAGUGAGGCUGUAUGUGGAGACCAUUAGCAGUGGGAAUAUGCCGUGUUUGGAGAACGCUGUGGUCACUCUGGCCCAGAUAGAGAACCAGGCAGCCGUGCAGGAGGGGCUUAAAGUGUACCAGAGUGGGAUGGCACAGGUGAGGAGCUCGUUUCCUGUCAGUGCAGAUGAUAUUUUGGAUGAACACCAGAAGUGGAGCCAAAUGGCAACCACUGAGUUCAUGAAGCGCUCCUUCCAAGACCAAGAAGGAAAAUACAUCAGCUUACUCACAGAGAAAGUAGAUGAACACUACUCAGAGCUUCUUGGAGAGAACGCGUCGAGCUCAGAGCAAAGGUGCUGGCAGCUUCUGUCCAAACUGUCCAAAGAUCUGAAUGAUGGUCGGCAGAAGGGGGAAUACACCAAGCCUGGAGGAUAUGCUAUUUACUGCUCACACCGAGACAGCGUCAUCUCCCAGUACCAAUCACAGCCCGGCAAGGGGGUCAAGGCUGAGGAUGUGCUGGAGGCGUUUCUGAGUGAAACAAAUGUGGAAGCAAACUUCAUUCUCCAGGCCGACAACAGUUUAAAGGAAAAAGACAAAGAAAUUCAGAAGCAAAGAGAGAAGGCAGCUCUGGAGGAGCAGCAGAAGAAAGCGUUAGAGGAAAAGCAUAAGGAGCUUCAGCGAGCUCAGCAGGUGGAGGGAAAGCGCCACGAGGAGCGAAUGCAGCAGAUGGAGACGAAGUUUGAGGAGGAGAAGCGUCUGCAGGUGGAGGAGCUGGAAAAAGCUAUGCAGAGAAAACUGGCGGAACAGGAAGAUCUCAUCAAGAAAAACUACUAUGAGAAGGCGGAGCUGAUGAGACAGGAGAUCGACCAGCUUAAAGACGAAAUCGGAAAUAAUUCACAGAGCUUCUUCCAGCAAACAGUACUGCCUUUGAUCGAUACUGGAGUAGAUGUUUUCUCCAAGAUCCUCCACUUUAAACUCAUGAAAUCAGUACUGAAAAGUUCUCCAGUUUAGAAAUCUGGGGGAAUAUUCAUUACUCUGUAGGGAGAAUUACACUGUAGAGACUAGAGUUUAAAAUAUUUCUGUAAAAGCUGAAGAAUCAACUUAAGCUUUUUACUAUUUAAAACAGCACUAGGUAGGAUUUCCUUGAUUUUUUAUCUUUUUAAAGAAGUGAAAUUACAGCUUGAAUCUCACUGCAGCGCUGCAUUGAGGUGUAACAGGAGGAAUAGCGGUGCUCUCGUGUCUGUGCCGGAGCUCCUCUGAGCUCAAACCAGACUCUGUAAGUUUUCCGAGGCGGCCACGACCAACGCUCGCGAGAACUGCGACCUGCUUUCCGACCUUUAGUUCUAACAGUUCUACAAGGACUACUGGUUCAUUCUUUACAAACUAACAUACAGACACUCUGGCAGAAGCUGGAAAGAGACCAAAUAUGUCUGUGAAAGCCAGAAAACGAGAAAGAGAAACUAAUCCGCCUGAAACAUUUAUUACACUCUGCAACUGUAGGGGGAGCCCAGGAGCACAAAAUCUCAAUCCUACCUCGCGGAGCUUUAAGUAAAAGUGUUUUUUAAAAAAGUACUGGAUUCCAAAACUACUUAAAGUAUAAAAGUAAAAGUAAUGUAAGGAGAAAAAAUUAAGCCAUUAAGAACAAAAGCGUCCUAUAGUGCACUACCCCUCCC